AUGGUGCAGUUGGUCCGUUGGCUGAUGCUGAUACCAGCAAACGCCAGGACGGCUAAAGUAAAUCUGAUGGUCCAUAGUCGCGGGAUCGACAUUGCUCAAUUGAUAAGGGUGUGUUUAAAGAAUCUUUAGCCGAUUCACGGCCGGCCAUCAAAAAAGGGUCCUGACACGACAAAAAGAAACCCACAAAAGCCACGCCCCUUUGUCUUGAAAGCUAGACGUGAAUCUGUGGGAAGUUAUUUGAAACUUCAAAAAUGUAAGUUAUGAAAAUUCUUUUGAAGAAUCGGAUCGGAAACUUAAUUCCGAAAAACUUUUACUCGAAUUUUCAAGAAUCUUUCCUCUUUUUAACUGACUCUCUUAUUCAGUACAUUCUCAACACUUUUAUCGUUGAUAAGACAAGGCGCAUGAGUUAUGAGGAGAUCCUCUUCAAUUUUGAUGGUUUUAUCAAAAUUUUCCCCAUUUUUGUUUGGCAAAAUUAAAUUUGUCGAGAAAUUGCUUGGGACGCUCAGGGGGCGUGUCCUGUCUGCGCUCUCCACGAGCCAGGCGCUGUCUCGCGCAUUAUCGUGUCAGGACCCUUUCUCCGAUGGCUCAAGCCAGCCGUGAAUCAGCUAUAA